AUGUCAAAGCUGAAUCCUGAUGAUGUCGUGGUUCUGAUGCGAGCAUUCAAGAUGUCAGCGAGUGAGAGCAAGCCAAAGCAGAAGAUUGAGUUGCCACCGAUUGAUAUGAAACUCGAGGGUCCAGCCACUUAUCUAAGCUGGUCACGUCGGGUGAGGUACACUCUGGAAGGGAAGGGUCUGGAGGGGUACUUGACUGGAGAGAAGGAGGAGCCGAGUCAGAAUGCACCUGAGAGAGCUGAGUGGAAGUCAACUCACAUGCAGGUAUAUAUUUGGCUCCUGAGCUCACUGACUUCGGGUAUUGCGUCCACAGUGGAUGGCAUAGCGAAGGUACAUGAUGUCUGGGAAAAGCUGAGGAGGACCUACGAUGGUGCUGGGAACAACCUGCGGGUGUACCAGAUCAAGAGGGAGAUCUCGGCUUUGGUACAGGGGGAGAAGACUGUGCAGGAGUAUGCUAUAGAACUGGAUCGCUUAUGGCUGGAUCAGGGCCACUUUAGGGUCCGACGACGAUGCUGCACUGAUCCUAUAUGUUCUGAGAUUGAGAUGGAGGAUAGGGUUAUGGUGUUCCUCUAG